AUGGCUGACCUUCUCCUUGAUCUUCUCGACACCUGGCCCGCCCCCGGAGUCGACGCCAACUCGACACCACGGCCAACCAAGCUUGCUUAUUUGUCCCAUCUUGCUGAUCAAAGCUCGGCGGCUCUGACAUCGUCCGAGCCUCAAUCUUUGGCUCAGUCAUCACAAUCACUUCUCCUCUCAUUACAAGGCGUCUCGAAGCGCUCUCACAAAUCAGUCAUCGACUCAGCCUCACAUCAUGCUAGCUUAACCCGCGCCUUGCCUACCUUGGUCGCGGAUACCACCGACCUACGCAAUGCGAUACCCAAGCUUGACGCGGAAGCUUUGCGCUUUUCUACAACUUACAGCAAAUCCGGCGAAAAUGAGGACCUGGCCGAAAGAAAACGUGCGUUGCUUCUAUUGCGCAACGUUGAGCGCCUCGUUGACGUUCUUGAACUCCCUACACUCCUUUCCUCGGCCAUCAAUAUCAUCCCUGCCAACUACGCCUCCGCCCUUGACCUCAAUGCCCAUAUCAGGAGGCUUCACGGUCUAUACCCGGACUCUCCGCUAGUCGCUCUAGUCUCUCGCCAGGCCGAUGAAGCCAUCGUCAAGAUGACGGCCGAUCUUAUCACGGCCCUCAAGUCCCCGGGGCUCAAGUUGGCAGCGUCACUCCGCACUGUCAGCUGGCUAAGAAGAGUACUUCCUGAUCUAUCUUCGAUGACUUCCGCAAGCCGCGAAUCUCAGGAGCAUACCCUCUCCCUGCUAUUUCUUUGCUGCCGCGUAGCCACCUUGGACGCGACUCUGGGAGCUCUACAGCCCCUCCGUGAAUUGGCCGAUGAGGAGCGGCACAGGCAGCAAGGUGCUAGCAACCAGUCUUGGUCCGGAGGUCAGCAGACAGAAAAGUACCUCAAACGGUAUGUCGAGAUCUUUCGUGAGCAAAGCUUCGGGGUCGUCUCCAUGUUCAGGAGUAUCUUCCCCACUACAGGCCAUCAGGCCAGCCGACCCAACACCGACACACAAGAUCCUCUCCAGCCCCUGCCGUCGACGUUGUCGACGUUCCCACUCCAUCUCAUUGAGAUGCUCCUCGAGACUUUGGGAAAAUACCUCCCCACGGUUAAGGACCAGGUCGCGAGAGACAGCAUUCUGACGCAGGUGUUAUACUGCUCAGGCAGUUUGGGUAGGCUUGGUGGCGAUUUCGGCACGCUGCUAGCUGGGCUCGGCGAGGAAGGCGAGGGAGUAACAAAACAAUCCGAAUGGGUCGACAUAGUCAAGCGACACCGGCUGCUGUCAGGGCGCCUUGAGUCGGUCAUUGGUGAUUACAGGUCAGCUGGGGUGAAAGGAUGA